UAGGCGGCGCGGGGCGGCCGGCAUGGAGCUCCCGGAGGCGCGGCAGGGUCCGGAGCUCGGUGGCACGGCGGCGGUGGCUGCCCCGAUUUUCUCCAGCUGCCACUCUUUGCUUUGUGUCCCCAGUCCCUAGACGCCUCUUCCCCUCCCGUGUCCCUCUUCCUAUGGAGUCAUUACGGACCGAACAGAUGCUGAGCUUGCCCGCCGAGGUCAGCAGCAACAACUUGGAGCGGGCGGAGCGAGGGGCACCAGCGGCCCAAGUAGACAUGGGCUCCCACCGAGAGGCGGCUGCAGAGGGCCCCGCACCUCUACCGACGCGGGAGCCAGAGCAAGAGCAGUCUCCGGGGACCUCAACGCCGGAGAGCAAAGUCCUGCUCACGCAGGCAGACGCCUUGGCGUCCCGGGGGAGAAUCCGGGAAGCCCUCGAGGUGUAUAGACAGCUCUCCGAGCGGCAGCAGCUGGUGGCUGAGCAGCUGGAGCAGCUGGUGCGCUGCCUGGCGGAGAAAGUCCCGCAAGGCGAGGCGCUGGCGCCAGCGCCCCCGGGCGAGGGUAGCACUGCAAGCGGCGCCGUGGCGGCGGAAGAGACGGGGCCCGCCGCAGCCGCGGCGGCCACCGAGGUGUGGGACGGCUUUAAGUGCCGGAAAUGUCAUGGGUUUCUAUCAGACCCCGUGUCCUUGUCGUGUGGCCACACCUUUUGUAAACUGUGCCUGGAACGUGGGCGGGCCGCCGACCGGCGCUGUGCGCUGUGCGGGGUCAAGCUCUCCGCGUUGAUGGUGGCCACUGGGCGGGCGCGUGGAUCCCGGCGGGCUGGGCAGCAGCCGCCGCCGCCGCUGCGAGUCAACGUGGUGCUCAGCGGCCUCCUCGGCAAGUUGUUCCCAGGCCCGGCGCGGGCGUCGCAACUCCGGCACGAGGGCAACCGGCUGUAUCGCGAGCGCCAGGUGGAGGCGGCGCUGCUCAAGUACAACGAGGCAGUUAAGUUGGCUCCGAAUGACCACUUGCUUUAUAGCAAUCGGUCUCAGAUUUAUUUCACCUUGGAGUCUCAUGAGAACGCACUGCAUGAUGCAGAAAUAGCAUGUAAGCUCCGCCCGAUGGGUUUUAAGGCACAUUUCAGAAAAGCCCAAGCCUUAGCCACCCUAGGCAAGGUGGAGGAGGCACUAAGGGAGUUUCUCUACUGUGUAUCCCUUGAUGGAAAGAACAAGAGAGCAAGAUGUGAAGCCCAAAGACUUCUCCUUAGUUUCUUUUCACCAUCAGUCCCGGGGGAUUCUCAGGAACAUUCUCCCGAUAUCCUGAAGCUGUUGGCACCUCACCCUAGAUUAAAGGAAAACGUAGAGUCAAUGACUACUGAAGUUACCAGCCAUAAUCUGCCAAGGUUGUUACAGGACAAUAUGGAGCUCCCACAUUGUUCUAGUCAGGAGGAAGCAGCAGCCAGGGGAGAUGGCAGCAGUCUGAUGGACCCAGCUAAAGUGAAGGGGGAUGGUCAGCAGCACCACAUGAAAGACCAGGAAGAAGAGGAGGAGAAGCGGGAUGCUACCUCUCCAAAAGCUGCUUCCAGCAAGACUGGAAAAUGCCAGGAAAAGAAAAGGAAACAUUGCCAAAUUGAAUCCCAAGAAGACACAGGGAUGCCUAAUAAAGCCUCCAAGCAAGAUCCUCCCACUGAUCAGGGGGACAAACCUGCUCUCAGUUUACCACUUGCAUCUUUCGACGCAUCUGACCUUGAAUGCGCUCUAUGUAUGAGAUUAUUCUAUGAGCCAGUCACAACACCUUGUGGGCAUACUUUUUGCUUAAAAUGCCUAGAAAGAUGCCUAGAUCACAACGCCAAGUGUCCAUUAUGCAAAGACGGUCUUUCACAGUGCUUGGCAUCAAGAAAAUACAGCAAAAAUGUAAUAAUGGAGGAGCUCAUAGCUAAAUUCCUUCCAGAAGAACUGAAGGAACGAAGGAAGCUUUACGAAGAGGAAAUGGAAGAACUUUCUAACCUUAAUAAGAAUGUGCCUAUUUUCGUGUGUACUAUGGCCUAUCCCACCGUUCCUUGUCCCCUGCACAUCUUUGAGCCUUGUUACCGCCUGAUGAUUCGUAGAUGCAUUGAGACAGGCACGAGACAGUUUGGCAUGUGCCUUGGAGAUCCUGUCAAAGGGUUUGCAGAAUAUGGCUGCAUCCUAGAGAUCAGAAAUGUUCAAUUCUUUGCCGAUGGCCGCUCAGUGGUUGACAGCAUAGGAAAGAGGCGCUUCAGGGUGCUCCAUCAGAGCCAGCGGGAUGGCUACAACACAGCCGACAUUGAAUACAUUGAAGACCAAAAGGUUCAGGGAGAGGAUUGUGCUGAGCUCAUGGGAUUACAUAACUGUGUCUAUCAGCAAGCGUCAUUGUGGUUUCAUUCACUCAAAUCAUCCCUAAAGAAUCGGAUACUCAAUCACUUUGGACCCAUGCCGGAGAAAGACGCUGAUCCUCAGAUGAACCCGAAUGGCCCAGCCUGGUGCUGGUGGAUGUUAGCGGUUCUUCCUUUGGAAAGCCGAGCUCAGCUCCCCUUCCUAGCAAUGAGGUCCUUAAAGGAUAGACUGAAUGGUAUUCGACGAGUCCUGGCUUUCAUAUCCCGAAACCAAAACUAGUGAGUGGAUUGCUGAAGAGGAGCUCCCACCUUCCCCACUGCCGUUGGGGGGAGUCUUGUAAAUAUAUCUCAUUGCAAUAAUAUCUUAACAGAAGGGAGUGUCAAACAGGCGUCAGCCUGCUGUUGAUCACAGAGAGAAAUUGAGUAGAAAGACCAAAAGAAUGUGACCUAUUUGAAACUUUCUGUCUUAAGAUGCUUUUUGACAUGCUGCAUAACUACAUGAACAGCAGAGGUGUUUAAGAGCCCAGAAAAACAUAAUUUGAUUUUAACAUUAAAAUUUCCAAAAGUUUAAA